AUGACGGAUCAUGGAUUUAGCGCCUUAUUUGUACCAAAUCAAGGGUAGCAUCUGUCAAACACACCACUAUUCCUCGAAUUGAGCUCAAUGCAGCAGUAUUACCAGCUCAACUUACUAGUAUAGAUGGACAAGCACUAGGGAUAAAUACAUCAAUUUUUUUACUGCUCCAGUAUUGUAUUAACCUGGAUUAACAGAGUGUCCAGGACGCUGGUAACAUAUGUGGGUAGUCAAGUAUCGAAAAUAAACGAUGUCACAAACUUCAAACAGUGGAGACACGUGAGUACAUUGGAUAACUCCGCCGACUUUAUUUCAAGAAGCAUAACGGUGAAACGAUUGACGGAUUCGUAAAUGUGGCGGUCGAGCCUAGAGUUUAUGACAAAAUCUAGGCAUGAGUGGCCAGUUAGUGACGUACCAAUUAUGGAUGAUCCUCCGGAAAUUAAGAGCCAUAAACUUGUAUUUAUCAUGUGUGAAGAGAAGAACCACUUUCUGGAGCGGUAUUCCAAUUGGACACGUUAACGACACGAACGGCGUGGGUUCAACGCUUCAUUUCCAAACUACGAAUGAAGAUCGCAGGCAAAAAAUUUAGCAAGGAAAGUGAGGUUCACUCAUUGAAUUCGUGGUCAUCUUUUUUAACAAUCGGUGAAUUGCAACGAGGAAAAGAAACAUGGUACAAAAUAUCACAACAAAGUGCUUUCCAGCAGAAACUUAAUGACAUCGGCAAACAUUGA